CGCCGCAAAGUAGACUUUGUAGGGUUUCUGACAGCCGGGAGACCCCACCCCGAGCGGGGGCUGCUGGUGCGUUCUCGCGUCGGGCUGCGUCCCCUGGAGCUCCGGCUCUGUGUCCGCGGGAUGCGGGCGCAAGGAGGGGCAGGGAGGGAGGCAGGGAGCCGCGCUCCACAGUGUCUCCCCAGGCUGCAGCUGCCGGGGCCCUGGGCCGGUCCCUGGGAUAGACAGAUCGGCGUGCGGGGGCCGUCUGCCGGGCCCGGGAGCCGGGGGCGCGCAAGACUGUGGAUCCUAAGACUGCCUCCACCCAGCGCCCGACCCGGGGAAGAGCUUGCGGGAAACCAGGAACCGCAGCGGCUGGACCUCUGCUCUGCGCCGGAUCCUAGGACCUGCCUUAGGUCCCCAGAUCCCUCAUGACCUGUUGCCUUGGGUUUGGGGGGUCAGAUUUGUCACGCCGUGGCCGAUUUCUAGUCAGCCUGGGGGCAGGACGAAAUCUCAGAGUGGUUCCCUGGCCAAGCUAGAAGCAGAGAAUAGCUCUGGAUACAGCACCUCGUGUAUCUAUCCAGCACUUACUUGGCUCUUUCUGAGUGCCAGGCACGGUGCCAAGCCCUAGCAGCAUGAAGAAUGGCCUUGGGGAGCUCCUGGGGCUAAGAGGGACAGUAGGAGGAGCAAUUGCAGUGCAGGGUAGUGCGGAAGACUCGAGAUGGAGAAGAGGACGGUGAGGAAGCCAGGAAGGCUUCAGAGAGUAGGUGACCAUUGACUAGAAGUCGGAGGUUUUGCCUGGCUGAAAAGUGUGUUGGGGGUGGGAGUUGAUGGGGAGCAGGAAUUCCAGGUGGAUUUUCUUGUGUAAAGGUAAAGAAACUGAAAAGGUCCGGUGUCCUGACCUAGAACAUCAGAUAAUUCUACAGCAGAUAAUGGAGUAGGACCGGGUCUUGUUAUAGGUAGGAAAUAAGUUGUCGACAUGGCAGGGAGCUAAAACAUGCACAGACCUUAAAGUGCAGCCUUAGAAUAUUUAGAAUUUUAUCCUGGAAUGAAGGAGGGCCGUGGAAGAUUUCUGAUCAGUGAUCAGGUCUCUCUGGCAGCUCUGGGGACAACGGAUGGAUACCGGAGCAUCAGAAAGCUGGUAAACAAAGGCAGCUAAAGCUGACUGCUGGUUGUGCAAAAUCCCCCUGGCUCUUCUGGCUGAAGUCCUACCACUCCCUGUACCUGGCAGCAGCCUGUCUUCUGGGCCUCACCUACACACGUCCGGGUAGGAGCCAGUCAUCUCCAUCCAUCCACAGCCAUGAAUUUCCUCCGGCGACGUCUCUCUGACAGCAGCUUCGUGGCCAACCUGCCUAAUGGCUAUAUGACAGACCUGCAACGCCCAGAUAGCUCCACCAGCUCACCUGCUUCCCCGGCCAUGGAGAGGAGGCACCCCCAGCCCCUGGCUGCCUCCUUCUCCUCUCCAGGAUCCAGCCUUUUUAGCUCCCUCUCCAGUGCCAUGAAGCAGGCCCCUCAGGCCACCUCAGGACUGAUGGAGCCUCCAGGUCCCUCCACGCCCAUUGUUCAAAGACCCAGGAUCCUGUUGGUGAUCGAUGAUGCCCAUACAGACUGGUCAAAGUAUUUCCAUGGGAAGAAGGUGAAUGGAGAGAUUGAGAUCCGAGUGGAGCAGGCUGAAUUCUCAGAGUUGAACCUAGCAGCCUAUGUGACCGGGGGCUGCAUGGUGGACAUGCAGGUCGUGAGAAAUGGGGCCAAAGUGGUGAGCAGAUCCUUCAAGCCAGACUUCAUCCUGGUCCGCCAGCACGCCUAUAGCAUGGCCCUGGGGGAAGAUUACCGCAGCCUGGUCAUCGGCCUGCAGUAUGGAGGGCUGCCUGCUGUCAACUCUCUCUACUCCGUCUACAACUUCUGCAGCAAGCCCUGGGUGUUCUCUCAACUCAUUAAGAUCUUCCAUUCCCUGGGUCCUGAGAAGUUCCCGCUUGUGGAGCAAACAUUUUUCCCCAACCAUAAGCCAAUGGUCACAGCCCCACAUUUCCCGGUGGUGGUCAAGCUGGGACAUGCCCACGCUGGAAUGGGAAAGAUCAAAGUGGAAAACCAGCUUGACUUCCAGGACAUCACCAGCGUGGUCGCCAUGGCCAAAACCUACGCCACCACCGAGGCCUUCAUCGACUCCAAGUACGACAUCCGCGUCCAGAAGAUUGGAUCCAACUACAAGGCUUACAUGAGAACCUCCAUCUCUGGGAACUGGAAGGCCAACACAGGCUCUGCCAUGCUGGAGCAGGUGGCCAUGACAGAGAGGUACAGGCUUUGGGUGGACAGCUGCUCGGAAAUGUUUGGCGGCCUGGACAUCUGUGCCGUCAAGGCCGUCCACAGCAAGGAUGGCAGAGAUUACAUCAUCGAGGUAAUGGACAGCUCAAUGCCGCUAAUUGGAGAGCAUGUGGAAGAGGACAAACAGCUGAUGGCCGACCUUGUUGUCUCCAAAAUGAGCCAACUCCUGAUGCCAGGAGGCACAGCGCCCUCGCCCCUGAGACCCUGGGCGCCACAGAUUAAAUCAGCGAAAUCCCCAGGGCAAGCCCAGCUGGGGCCUCAGCUAGGACAGCCCCAGCCACGCCCACCUCCGCAAGGAGGCCCUCGCCAAGCUCAGUCUCCUCAGCCCCAGAGAUCUGGAAGUCCCUCCCAGCAGAGGCUCUCCCCACAAGGCCAGCAGCCCCUGAGCCCCCAGUCUGGAUCUCCACAGCAGCAAAGGUCACCAGGCUCUCCACAGCUAUCCCGGGCAUCCAGCGGCAGCUCCCCAAACCAGGCCUCCAAGCCAGGUGCCACCCUCACCUCACAGCCCCGGCCCCCUGUGCAGGGCCGUAGCACCUCCCAGCAGAGUGAAGAGUCCAAGAAGCCAGCACCACCCCAUCCGCAUCUCAACAAAUCUCAGUCCCUGACCAACAGCCUCAGCACAUCCGACACCUCCCAGCGUGGGACCCCAAGUGAAGACGAGGCCAAGGCUGAAACCAUCCGCAACCUGAGGAAGUCUUUUGCCAGCCUGUUCUCUGACUAACACCAUCCAGGCUGGGAGGGGAAGAGUGCUCUGCUACACUCGUCCCCCUCCUGCCUCAUCUUCAUUCUCAGCCUUGGUUCCUGAUGGGAACAGAAUGGAGGGCCUGAGAACAUACUUUCUAAAUGCCUUUGACCCAGGAACUGAUUAUAUUUGUUCCAUUUUCCUUUACCGUGACAUUCCAGCAUUGUCUGACUGAGAGGUGGGCCUUUGAGAGCCUCCAGGUUCCUCGAAACAGGCCUGAGAGACGGGCGCCACAUCCCUCUGCCUACCCACAUACCCCGCCUCCCUGCCAGAUAACCAAGUGAGAUGUCUGCGAGUGGCUAAUUUUCACAUCCUCAUUAGUGUUUUGCUCACCUUUGGGCAAAGGCCCCCUCUAGACCUUGCCCUACCUCCAUCAAAUGCAGACACUGUAGUCGGACCGCAGCAAUAUAGGAGGCAAUAAUCUUUUAACAGUGUUUUGCAAACAAAAAAAGAGAAAAUCCCAGCCAGGGGAACUCACCACCUGCCCACGCUAGUUCCAUCCAUGCUCAAAACUUGCCCUUAGACCAGGCAGGCAAAGGCCCCCAUCACAUUUGGCCACUAGUGGGGUCCUGAAGCCAAGAAAGAAAUGAGACCCUGUAUGACAAGUGGGGUCUUUGAGAACACAGCAGAAACAGAGGGGCCCUGGUAAUGCCACUCAUACUCAGAGCAUUAUUCGUAUUUGGACAGCCGAGAGCAGAUCACAGGUUCUUGUAGGAAUAAAGACUAGUUCACAGAGGAGAAAGAGGCCCGGGACCUCCCAAGGAAAGGGUCAGGUUAGGAUCCUGUACCCAUUCUGUUACACCACUGUUUGGUCUCUCUGGCCUCCCACCAGGAAUGCCGUUUCCUUUUUACGGAUCUGUUGGGAACCAGAGAGAAGCAACAGAUGGAUGACACAGGAUCUGAAGUGCAAUGGCAGUCACUUCUAGUUUGGCAUCUCACAAACUCUGUACAGAGAGGUGUUGGUAGGUUAUUCACUUUCAAAACGGGCCCCAUGGUCAAAUAUGUUUAGGAACUACUGUUUGUAUUUCUUUUUUGGAGAUGCAUUGUAUAUAAUAUAUGUCAAAGGCUUUUGGAAUUCCUGCAGGAAAGAAAUCAGCUUUGUUAAAUCCAAACUGAUUUGACUCAAUAAGUUAGCUGCAGAGCUGGAAAAAGUAGGCUAACUCCCUUCCCAGUGCUCUUUCCCCUGUACCAGCCUGCCCCUCAUGCUUAGAUAGGGUUCAGGGGUGACCUAAAUCACCAAGCACCUGGUGCUAGAAACAUAGUAGGUGCCAGAAGCAGCUUCCUGGUCUCGAAGAGAGCCCACGAUACUAGAACAUAGCUAUGUUAGCCCCUUGCCUCCCACUUUGCAACCCGAGAUAUGUCUUCCCUUUGCUGUCCACGGGGAGGGGAGAGAGGGAGGUAAAAAUGGAAGUGGCUCUGACCUGGAGCAGCUUCUAGUUAUGGGCAAGCAAUGUAGAUUGUUUGGUAAUCAGCCGAGAUCUAUCCAGGUUCCCAGGAGCAUAAAAGCAAUCAUCUCCUUUUUGGUCCUCCAAAACCAAACUGGAGUGCUGACAUCAGGGCCAGAGACCCUCUCCUUCUGUAGGCAUUGGGUCACUCAGAACUCUCAACCUCAGAAAAGCCUCCCUUCAAGCUGGCUUUUGACAGGUUAUUGGCUGGAGACUGGCUCAGUAUCGAAAGUGCUAGCUGUGCACCUGGCUGCCAGAAAGCCACUUGGCCUUUAGGGCGGUCCUCUUCACAUUGCCCUCUUCUCUCACUCAUGAUCGGGUCUGGAUUUAAGAGCAAGAGACCCCAGGAAAAUUCAGAAGUCCUCUCUCUCCUCUUGUUCAAGACCCUUGGUCUGGGAUUCAAUAAUAAGUAGCAGACCUGGCAUAAGAAAGAUCAGAUAAGUCAAUUGCCAGUGACCAUCGGGAGCCAUAAUUUGGCAGCUGGAGACUGGUAGGCUCAGGUCUGAUUAACACUGGCGAGGAUCCGCAGCAAAUAAAAUAGCCAUUGUGUGAGGUGAGAAGUGAACAGCUGAAGGCCCUGUACUCUUUCUAGUGCCCAAAAGCCCACCACCCUUAGUCUAUCUCCAUGCUCGGCUGAGUUCCGUGUUAUAGGACAGUCCCUGCAUGUCUGGAGCUCACUCUGCCCAGUAACACAUCUCCCUUCUUUUUGCUCAAUGCAACAGAAGAGUCUGGCCAGGAGCUCCCAGAAUCCUAUCCAGAGGCAGCUGAGAUGAUGCAGUGGGCAGUCAGACACAUGAAGCUGCUGCUUUGCAGGCAUCGCUCUCAACACGUUCUUCUAGACCCCCAAGGUGGGUGGAGGUGGGGGUCCUGGGGUCAAUAUCCCACAGUCAUGCCUGGGGGAAGUCAGGUGAUGGCAAGGAAUAAUAGAUCAGACCAUUUAUAAUCCGGUGGAACUUUGCUUCGUCCUCCUGCUGCUGCUCACUUAGCUCUUUCACCGCUCCCUUGCAGCUUCUGAAGAAAGCCAAGUGGGGCAUGAGGAAAAGAGACAGGAGGUGAAAUUCAAAACGUCAGAUGCGGGUACCUUUUAAAGCUAUUCUGUUAAAAGAAAUCGAACAGAAGAGAGUAUAAAUAUUGAUUAACGUAAGGUUUGAUGACUAGCCAAUGAUUCUAGGAGUCCCAUUACUUAAACGCGCACACACACACACACACACACACACACACACACACACACACACACAUGCCCGGAUAAUAACUGGGAAUUGACAAAUGCACACCCUAAAAUCCUGUCAUCUCGUGAUCGGUUCACAGUUGUCUGAAAACCUGCUUCCAGAGAAUGGCUUCCCGACUUGUCCCCAAGAAGAUAGGGGUCACUAGUAUAAGUCACACGAUGAGAGAACCAGAAUAUCAGCCUCUCAGACUUGAGGGUUCCUGGGCCUUUCCCCCUUCUUUCCUGACAAGGGCAGGUGAGGCUUCCCCAUUAGAAGGACAUGGGGCACUGCUUAUAAGAGCAGCCUAUUACAAGAUCCAAGCACAGAGAGCUAUAGGAGUUGAAGUUUGGUUCCUUCCACUUGAAAAAAAUAUAUCCACCCUCCUUUCUCAGGGGUAGACCCUUCAAAUAUUAAUAAAUAAUGCUAUGCGACAUCCUGAAUAAACGGGUAAAAGAAAACUUGUAGGGCAGGAUGUAACCACGAGGUCCACAAGUUUCAGGGGAUUAAGAACACAGGAAACCCCUGUGGCAAUCGUCCCUCUUCAACAGUCUCACCCAAUUUUCACUUAGUAAUAGAAGACAGCUCAAAACACACAACUGAAUGGUAAUAGGCUGGCCAAAGUUUCUCAACGUGUGGGCCAUGGCCAUGGGCAGAGCUAGUUACAAAGGCAGAUGAAGCUUCAUUUCGGACCAAAGGAGUCAGAAUUUCUGGUCACAGGACCCAGAACCUGCAUCUUUGUCAAUGCCCCCACUUUGAGUGCACUUUGAAAUGAGACCAGCAACCUGAGCUGGGCUGUGUGGGAAAGCCACUGCAUGAGAAACAGUACCGGUAUGGGUGUGCUAUAGUCUCCAGCGCAGCUAAGAACCCACUCCUUUAGUGAACAAAACUAGUGGCCCCAUGAACAAUGACCACAUGGCCUAAAUCCUCCCAUAUUCCUAUAUUCUGUCCUUUGUCCUCAGACACACCUCCGCAUUCAAAAGAUAUCUCCUAGAUACUCCAGUAUCUGCGUACAACAGCAGCAGAAACUCCUUCCAAACUCCAAAUCAGGCCGGGCAUCCUGAUUUUUAUAACCAUGCACCGAUAUAUCCAGAUCCAUGACAUAACACUAGUUCAUAGCCAACAUGUUUAAAUAAUUUCCCCACUGGUCUGUGUAUGAACAUAGAAACCAAGGGCACAUAGGCCUCAUGGUGACCCCAAAAUGGUGGUUUUGUCACACAGGCUAGCACGUGUUC